AUGAUGAAUGGAUCACAGAAUCAGAGCUGGGGUGAAGGUGAAAGCUCAAGUUCGACUUCGCUUAGUAGUCAGCAUGAUGUUGAGGAUGAUCAGAUGAUUGCUCUUGUGUUAUCGGAGGAGUAUGCGAAAUUAGACGGGGCAGUCGGCCGGCGCCUUUCCAACUUCGAACCUGUUCCUCAUGUGCCCCGCAUAAAUUCCUUCUUCCCCACCAUAAACGAUGCCAGUAUGGAUCACCAGCGUCUGCUGCAGAGGUUGAAUGUUUACGGUCUUUGUGAAGUUAAAGUAUCUGGAGAUGGAAAUUGUCAGUUCCGCGCACUUUCAGAUCAGCUGUACAGGUCACCUGAACACCACAAGCAUGUUCGUAAAGAUAUUGUAAAACAGCUCAAAGAUCACCAUUCCUUAUAUGAGUGCUAUGUACCAAUGAAGUACAAACGAUAUUACAAGAAAAUGGCUAAAUCUGGAGAAUGGGGGGAUCAUAUUACCCUACAGGCCGCUUCUGAUAAGUUUGCAGCUAAGAUAUGCCUUCUGACAUCAUUCAGAGAUACUUGUUUCAUCGAAAUUAUGCCACUGUACCAAGCACCACAGCGCGAGUUGUGGUUGAGCUUCUGGUCUGAGGUUCAUUACAAUUCACUUUAUGAAAUUCGAGCUGCACCAAUCCAGCAUAAACCAAGGAGAAAACAUUGGCUAUUCUAG